GGAGGAGCUUCCUGAUAAGCUGGAGAAUGACUUCAGUGAUGAUGGUAACAGAACUGCUUCUUUGUGUUGCUUUAACCUCAGCAUACAUGAACCAGUGUAGCCAGAACCCUUUUAUCAAUGUCUCCGAUGAUUGUGAUGACUCCUCAACCACAUCCAUGACAGCUUUGUCCAAUGUCGAGGAGCCCGUUAGUCCUGAUGUGGAGGGGGAUCUGGUGGAGAAACCCGCACUUGUUCCCAGUCUCUUCCCCCACAUGCCCUCCACGCUGUACUUCAGCACUGCCAGUGAAAGAGUUGAGUUGUUGCCUGCUGAACAGAGGAAGCUGCUCAAAUGGAAGAUAACUACAGUCACCCCCAAUGUUGUGAAAAACACCAUCUCCAGAUCACACUUCAAAGCCACCAAAAAGAGUCAUGAUUGGCUUGGCUGUUGGGGUCACCAUAUGAAGUCACCAGGGUUCAAGGCCAUUAGAGAGUUUCAGAAGCUGAACCACUUUCCAGGCUCCUUUCAGAUCGGCCGGAAGGACAGACUUUGGAGGAACCUGUCCAAGAUGCAGGCACACUUUGGCAAAAGAGAGUUUGGCUUCUUUCCACGCUCCUUCAUUCUCCCACAGGACAUCAAGCUGCUUAGGAAGGCCUGGGAGGAUGGAGGCAGCAAGCAGAAAUGGAUCGUCAAACCGCCUGCAUCUGCUCGUGGAAUUGGCAUUCAGGUCAUUCACAGGUGGAGCCAAAUGCCACGCAAGAGACCACUCCUCGUGCAGAAGUAUCUUCACAAGCCCUACCUCAUCAGUGGGAAUAAGUUUGAUCUACGCAUCUAUGUGUAUGUGACCUCUUACGACCCACUGCGAGUUUACAUCUUUAAUGAUGGACUAGUACGUUUUGCAAGCUGCAAAUACUCUCCUUCAAUGAAGACUCUCAACAACAAGUUUAUGCACCUUACAAACUACAGUGUAAAUAAGAAGAACUCUGAAUAUCAGAGUAACAGCGAUGAUAAGGCUUGUCAGGGCCAUAAAUGGGCUUUGAAGGCACUGUGGCAGUACUUGGGCUCUCAAGGUAUCAGCACCUCUCUCAUUUGGGAGAAGAUCAAAGAUAUGGUCAUCAAAACCAUCAUCGCGUCCGACCCAUAUGUGAACUCGCUGGUGAAGAUGCAUGUACGCUCUGCCUACAGCUGUCAUGAACUUUUUGGCUUUGAUAUCAUGCUGGAUGAGAAUCUGAAGCCAUGGGUGCUGGAGGUGAACAUCUCGCCCAGCCUCCAUUCUAACACACCGCUGGACGUCAGCAUCAAGGGUCAGAUGAUACGGGAUCUGCUGAACCUUGCUGGCUUUGUGUUGCCAUUGAGCAAAGACAUUUCACCAUCCAAUUCCAGUGCCAGCAGCUCCACCAACAGUUUAUGUGGAGUGGUACGAGAGAGAUGGCGAUCAGACAUUUCAACUGAUGAGAAAGUAAAGAGAGCCUUUUAUCUGAGCCAGCGCUUUGGAGACCAGGAUUUCUGUGCUACAGUUCUGGAUGUGCUGACACCUGAUGAUGUGCAUGUGCUGGCAGAAACUGAGGAUGAGUUAAGUCGUAAAGGAGAUUUUGAGCGAGUUUUUCCCUCUCAUGCUUCCUCCCGUUACCUCCGUUUCUUUGAGCAACCACGCUACCUCAACAUCCUCCUAAACCAAUGGGAACAGAAAUACUGGCUCAACAGGAGCCAAGGUAUCAAUCUACUGAGGGAUUUGUGUGAGAAGAGGGUGCACCUGGGGAACCUGGCAGAUUCUGUUCAUCACUGGUCUUCCAAGUCGUAUCAUGGACAUAGAUCUCAGAUGACUAGUUCUGGUGUGCUGGUCAGUCAGAGGUCUGAUGCUGAGGAUGAGGACUCUGAUCGUGAGGUUCAGUCAGUCACUACGAGUCUUCCAGACAUGAGUUUACUGAGCACCAUUAGCCUGAGCCCCAGUCCCACCUCCAGCUCCAGCCUGGCCAGUGACAGCCUGCCUUCUCAUGAUGACCCUUGAGCUUCACUCCAGAAACCCUAGACAUUCAGAGCUUCCAAACUGUGUGCAUAGCUCCUAGAGUUCUGCUUUUGGAGGGAGAUAAGACUGAAAAACUGACUUAAUGAAAUAACUGGCCAAAUGGAUGAGUGUUAACUGCCGUAUUUUGAAUUAGUAUUUUGUUGCUGGACCACACAUACAGGUGUAAAUACACAGUGCAUGUGGGUGGCAGGAGGAAUAAGCACUUCCUGUUUGGGGUUUUGAUUUUGUUUCCAUAUGAGCCUAUAGAUACUUCUGGUUUGUUUACAUCACAGGUCUGUGCAUAGUACAGACAUCUGUUGGGCUGAUUAUUUUAGACGUGGGAUGAAAUGUGAAGUUUGGAAAAGAGAUACUAUUGUAAAAAUAAAAAUCACUGUCAUAUGUCUUUUAA